AUGAGAUUGGAGAGUAAUUUAGAAACCAUACACACAGAUUUUGAACAGGCCGCAAUUCUUGCCUUUCAUUAUGUAUUUCCUUAUGUCAGAAUCAUUGGCUGUUGGUUUCAUUUUUCCCAGGCAAUAACUAAUCAUUGGGACGACUGUGAAUUAAUUGAAAAGCUAACAAAAGAACAGAUCGAGCUUGAAAUUGUUCCUAAACGAGCUCCAAGAGAGAUCCUUUAUCUGUGUAGAAAUAUUCCUCUUUUGCCACCUGAAAAAAUUGAAAUUGGUCUAAAAAUUCUCUCUAAUCUCAUUGACAAAUAUAUAGUAUCAUGGCCAGCUUUAGGUAGCUUUCGGGACUAUGUGAUACAUCAAUGGGCUGGUAAAGCCCAUCUAUUGUCUUGUUUUGGGAAUUCAACGCGAACAAACAAUAACUCGGAGACUUUCAACCGUUCGUUAUUAAGAAGGAUUGGAGGAAAAAAUCCAAUACUUAUGAAUUUUCUCAAUAAUCUCCACAAUAUUAUAACAGUGGAAGCCCAAAAUAUGGAUAAAAAGAUUAAAAUUCGAAGGGAAUCAGAAAAAAUAAAAAAUCAUGAAAAAAAUCAACUCAUUUCCGAUUCCCAGAGAGAUUUAUUGUUAGAAAAGAUGGGAGUAGAGGAUUUCUUGUAUCAAGUAAUGUCAGUCAAAACCCAAGAAUCAAUAAUGAAAACCCGAUAUCGAGAAAUGGAGAAUGAAGAAAAAUCAGAAGCAAACUGUGAUAAAGAAAACAAAACAAAUAUCAAUGAGGAAGACUCAUUGAAGAAAUUAAUUCAUACACCCGAAGUGUUACAACCGGAUUAUGGGAGUGUGAAACGAAAAAAAAAGACACAACAACAUUUCCAGAAGUAGAAGACACAACAGCAGUUCCAAAAAAAAAAAAAACAACAGCUGUUCCAAAAAAAAAAGCUCAAAAAACAAGUGCUACACUUGACGAUGUCAUUGAAGAAGUGAUCAAAACGUAUUCCUUAUAAAACUUUUGAAUGCAAUAUUUGUUUCGUCGGUAUAUCUUGUAACCGAUUUUCUGACCUGCGCGGCGAGAACUAUCGGCCAAGGUUAACAACGAGGAUUUCUCACCAUCCUCCUCAAAAUCACCGGGGGGAGCCAUGUUGGUUAUCUCGGAAGCCAACAGCCGUAGGAGUAACGAGAACAAAAUACGAGAACCUAACUCAGUCUUAGAAAUGGUAGAGGGGCGCGGUCCACCUGAUCGGACUAUGAAAUACGUAACCAAACCUGAGGGAACUAUCGUGAACCAAGUAUAG